AUUUAAUUUAAGUAUAUAUGUGUUCAAUUUUUUUUUAAAAAAAAUCCCAACAAAUUCUCCUCCCUUGAUUCAAAAAAAUGAUGGAAAUAGUGGUUUCUGUGGCACUUUUACUUGUAGGGGUAGUGGUUCUUGUGUUCAUACACAUAUGUAUAGUGGGGAGGGCAUUGAGGGGCAGAAAUGGAAUAAAUGGGACAAUGUCUUUCACCCCAACAAGAUGCAUAAACAGAAGCCCAAACAUGUCCCAAGAAGAGAUAAAGAAGCUGCCAUGCUUUGAGUACAAGGUGGAGAUUGCAGAAGAAGAAGAAAAAGAAGAAGGGCAAAAUGGUAAAUUCGCUGACUGUGCUGUCUGUUUGGAGGGUUUCAAAGUUGGGGAAAAGUGCAGAGCUUUGCAGUGCAACCAUUGUUUCCAUGCCCUAUGCAUUGAUUCAUGGCUUGUCAACAAUGCUGCUUGCCCUAUUUGUAGGGCUGCUGCUAAGGGCACUCUUUUGAAGAUCUCUUUGGAAGAAGACACUCCCAACCCUACACAAGAUGUUGUUGGGGUAGUUGAGAUGGCAUAAAAAAUGGUGAAAAAAGGUACAGUCCUUUUGGAGCCUUGCACAUGAAACCAUAA